GAAAGAAGUGGCCCUCCUCAAAUAAUUGAAUGACUAUGUCAGUAUGGUGGUGGUGUCAAGUCUUUGAUUUUGGCCCAUGCACUAAUAUCACUUGUCAUUUUCCAUAUACUUUUCUGGGCAAUUUCUACCAUAAUUAAUAGCCAACUAACAAGUAUUAUUACUGAUACUAUUCAUUCACAUGUGAGGCUUUUCGAGUCUACCUUUACUACAUGCAUUGCCAACCAUCCAAAAUCACAGUACUGUUAUCCAUUCACAUGCUAUAGUCUUCUUGAGUCUUUACUACUAUCCUUCAAUCUUCAUAGCUCUUAACUUUUCUUCAAAAUUCAGAUAUCAAUUGAAAAUGGCUGCAGCUAUGAUAGGAGGUGCUUUUCUCUCUGCAACUGUUCAGACCUUACUUGACAAACUUGCUUCACCAGAGUUUGUUGAUUACAUCAAAAAAACCAAGCUUAAUGAACCACUCUUGAUGAAGUUAAGAACAACACUGCAAUAUCUUCAAGGUGUAAUGGAUGAUGCAGAGGAGAAGCAGAUCAACAAUCGUAUUGUCAAACAAUGGCUUGAUGAUUUGAAAGAUGCUGUCUUUGAUGCCGAGGAUCUGCUCAACCAAAUCAGCUAUGAUUCCCUGCGAUGCAAGAUGGAAAAUACACAAGUUGGCAAAAAAGCUAAUCCGGUGUGGAAGUGGAACAUCUUUUCAUCUCCUUUUAAAAACUUGAAUGGAGAGAUCAAUUCUCAGAUGAAGAUCAUGUGCGAAAGGCUGGAAACUUUUGCACAACAUAAAGAUAUACGUGAUUUGCAAACUAAAAGUGCUAGAGUUUCUCAUAGACCACAUUCAAGUUCAGUGGGAAAUGAAUCUGCCAUGGUGGGUAGGAAGAAUGAAAAAGAGACAAUAAUGAACAUGUUGCUAUCACAGAAGGACACAACCAGUAAAAAUAUAGGUGUUGUUGCAAUUUUGGGCAUGGGAGGUUUAGGAAAAACUACCCUUGCCCAACUUCUUUACAACGAUGAAAAAGUUCAACAACAUUUUGAUAUGAAAGCCUGGGCUUGUGUAUCUGAGGAUUUUGAUACUAUGAGAGUAACCAAGUCUCUCCUUGAAUCUAUCACUUCCAAAACUUGGGAAAGCACUAAUCUUGAUUUCCUUCGAGUUGAAUUAAAGAAAAUCUCGAGGGAGAAAAGAUUUUUGUUUGUGUUGGAUGAUAUGUGGAAUGAUAAUUACAAUGAUUGGGAAGAUCUGGUAAGUCCCUUCAUUGAGGGAAAACCUGGAAGCAGGGUGAUUGUAACAACGCGUCAACAAAAAGUUGCAGAGGUGGCACACACAUUUCCUAUUCAAAAAUUAGAACCACUAUCAAAUGAAGAAUGCUGGUCUUUACUAUCAAAGCAUGCAUUGGGAAGUGAUGAGUUUCGCCAUAGUAAAAACACAACCCUCGAAGAAAUUGGCAGGAAAAUUGCAAAAAAGUGUGGCGGACUGCCAAUAGCUGCUAAAACACUAGGAGGACUUCUACGUUCAAAGGUAGACACAAUUGAGUGGACUUCAAUUUUGAACAGUGAUGUAUGGAACUUACCAAAUAAUAAUAUUCUUCCUGCUUUGCAUUUGAGUUAUCAAUAUCUUCCCUCUCAUUUGAAAAGAUGUUUUGCAUACUGUUCAAUUUUUCCAAAAGAUUACCGACUUGAUAGGAAGACAUUGGUUUUGUUAUGGAUGGCAGAAGGCUUCCUUGAUUAUUAUCAAGGGGGAAAAGAGAUGGAGGAAUUAGGUGAUGAUUGCUUUGCUGAACUGUUAUCCAGAUCCUUAAUUCAACAAUCAAAUGAUGAUGCUGUUGGAAAAAUAUUUCUCAUGCAUGACCUUGUCAAUGAUUUAGCUACAGUCGUAUCUGGGAAAAGUUGUUGCAGGUUUGAAUGUGGUGACAUCUCUGAAAAUGUUCGUCAUAUCUCAUAUAACCAAGAACACUAUGACAUUUUCAAAAAGUUUAAGAAUGUCUACAAUUUGAAAUUGUUGCGUAGCUUUCUAUCUAUUACCUCCGUGUAUGCUUCCAAUUACAUAUCCAUCAAGGUGGUUGACGAUUUCCUACCAACACUCAAAAGGUUGCGUGUGUUAUCGCUGUCAAAGUAUAGAAACAUCAUAAAGCUUCCGGAUACAAUUGGAAAUUUACUGCAAUUGCGGUAUUUAGAUCUCUCCACCACUGGAAUCGAAAGCUUGCCUGAUACAACAUGUAACCUUUACAAUUUGCAGACAUUGAUUUUAUCAAUAUGUACGGAUCUAACCGAAUUGCCAGUACAUAUGGGAAAUUUAAUCAAUUUACGUCACCUUGACAUAACAGAUACGAACAUAAAAGAGUUGCCUGUUGAAAUUGCAAGAUUAGAAAACCUCCAAACUUUGACAGUUUUUGCAGUGGGUAAGCGACAUGUAGGGUUAAGCAUCAAAGAGCUAAGCAAAUUCACAAACCUACAGGGAAAACUUACCAUCAAGGAUUUGCAUAAUGUCAUUGAUGCUAGGGAGGCAGAAGAUGCCAACCUAAAAAGCAAAGAGAAAAUUGAGGAGUUAGAGCUGUUAUGGGGCAAACAAAGCGAAGACUCGCAAAAGGUUAAAGCUGUGUUUUCUAUGUUGCAACCACCAAUAAACCUGAAGAGCCUGAACAUUGACUUGUAUGUCGGGACAAGUUUUCCUAGUUGGAUGGGAAAUUCAUCGUUUUCUAAUUUGGUGUCCCUUCGCAUCAAUAAUUGUGAAUAUUGCGCGAAACUUCCACCUCUAGGGCAGCUACCUUCUCUCAAAGACCUAGAAAUACAUGGUAUGAAGAUAUUGAAGACAAUUGGCCUAGAGUUCUAUUUUACCGAGGGAGGGGAAUGUUCCAAUUCUUCCUUCCAACCAUUUCUAUCGCUUGAGCGGAUAAAAUUUGACAGCAUGCCAAGUUGGAAGGAAUGGCUUCAGUUCGAAGGCAUAAACUUUGCUUUUCCUCGACUUAGAACUAUGGAGUUACUUAACUGUCCAGAACUAAGAGGUCAUUUUCCUAGCCACCUUCCUUGUAUAGAAGAAAUUGUAAUAGAAGGUUGUGCUCAUCUAUUGGAAACACCUUCCACUUUGCAUUGGUUGUCGACAAUAAAGAAAAUUAGUAUCAAUGGGCUUUCUGAAAGGACCCAAUUAUCAUUGCUUGAGAGUGAUUCUCCAUGUAUGAUGCAAGAUGUAGUGAUUCAAUGGUGUCAUGCGCUAUUAUAUGUGCCAAAUUUGAUUCUGAGAAGCACUUGUUUUCAACACUUGAAACUCUCAUCUCUUUCUGCUUUGACUGCAUUUCCCUCAAGUGGUCUACCCACUUCAUUGCAAUCACUUGUUAUUGAAAGCUGUAAGAAUUUAUCCUUCCUUCCUCCUAAAACGUGGAGCAAUUACACAUCCCUUGUGAUUCUUGUUUUACGGAGUAGCUGUGAUGCACUUGCAUCCUUUCCACUUGAUGGUUUUCCUGCCCUCCAAACACUUGAGAUAUCUACAUGUAAGAGUCUGGACUCCAUUUAUAUUUUAGAAAGUCCUUCUCGUCGGCCGUCAAACCUCCAAUCACUUAAAAUCAUAUCCCUUUGUUCGUUGAAAGUCAAGGUUAAGAUGGACACACUCACUGCUCUCACAGAUUUGUUGUUGUGUUGUGAAGGAGAGUUGUCAUUUUGUGAAGGUAUUUGUCUACCUCCCAAAUUACAAUCAAUAGAUCUGCUGUCGAGCGGAAUUAGAACAACGCUGCCUGUAAUGGAAUGGGGCCUUCAAGGCCUAACCGGUCUUUCAAGAUUGAGUAUUGGAGGUUGUGAUGAUAUAGUUAAGACCUUGAUGAAGGAGUCGUUGCUACCCAUCUCCCUUGUGUUUCUGACUAUCCGUUAUAAUAAUAAAAUGAAGGCCUUUGAUGUUAGUGGGCUUCGACACCUCUCCUCUCUCGAACAUCUUACCUUUGAGUAUUGUGAACAUCUUACCUUUGAGUCAUUGCCAGAAAACUGCCUCCCUUCCUCGCUGAAAUCACUUGUAUUUUGGAAUUGUGAAAAGCUUGAGUCAUUACCAGAAGACAACCUCCCUGACUCUCUUUGGGAACUGGGCAUUUAUAAAUGCCCAUUAUUAGAAGAAAGGUAUAAAAGGAAGGAACAUUGGUCCAAAAUUGCACACAUCCCUGUCAUAUCUAUAAAUUACCAAGUCACAAUCUGGUGACAAGUUGUGUUCCCGUGUUUCAGAUGACCAAAGACUAAGUGGAUGAAAAUCAGCUCACAUGAUGAAUUGAAGACAAAAGUAUGGUUUCCAUUGAUUGCCACAAGAUUGGAUAUAUUUUGCUAAUAUAUUGAGUCUGUAUUUUAUCAUGAUUUGAAUGCAUCUUUCUAUGUUUCCUAAUAACCUGCAUGAUUCGAUCACUCGGUCGGACAGAGUACAAUGCAGUAGGGUUUGUAAUAUUCUUAAUUUGUAUCUGUAAGUAAAUGAAUGUUCAUAUGUUUGAAAGCUUUUGUUUCACUCCUUUGUUAGCAUGUACCACAUGAAGCAUAAAUAAAUGGAACAAGUAGAAGAAUUCAUGUUAU